AUGAGCGACCAGAUUCCCCGCACCAUGCGGGCUGCGGCCGUCAAGGACUUCAAUAAAGGUUACGAUGUCCGCGAUGUGGACGUCCCCGCCGACCUGGGACCGAACGACGUUCUGGUGAAAAUUGCCGCGGCCGGCUACUGUCAUACGGACCUGCAAGUCAUGCAGGGGGUGUAUGCAUCCGCAGGGGCCAAACCGGGGCUUGUGGGAUCACACGAACCGGCGGGUGAGGUUGUCAAGGCCGGAUCAGAUGCCGGGAAGUUCGGGAUCCACGUCGGUGACCGCGUCGGCUCCAUCAACACCUACGGGUUCUGCGGCGAUUGCAAUGCUUGUAAAAAACAAGGACAGCAGCUCUGCGAGAACCUGGUUGGCAUGCUCGGGCUGACCAUCAAUGGCGGUUUCUCUCAGUACAUGAAAGCCGACGCCCGCGUCGUCUCCAGGAUCCCAGACUCGAUUCCCUUCGACGAAGCGGCACCGCUCUUCUGCGCUGGUGCCACGGUCUACGGCGCGAUCCUCGCCUCGGGGGCUAAACCCGGAGAAUGGCUGGCCAUAGUCGGCAUCGGCGGUCUCGGACACCUGGGCGUCCAGUACGCCAAAGCGCGAGGCUGCAAAGUCAUCGCGAUUGACAACCGAAGGGAAGGCAUCGACACAGCCCAAGCGGUCCCCUUGCAUCUGAAACCGGACAAGACGUUCCUGGUGGACUCGCAGGAAGCCGGGCAACAUGCCAUCGAAGAGCUUCAGUCCUCGUUCUACGACACCAACCCUGGAGUGGACCGAGUGGUCAUUAACGCCGAAGCCCGGGAGCUUGUCAAAUUCUCUCAACAAAAUCUCCGGAAGGGUGGCACUUUGGUGGACGUCGGAUUACCGUCAAACACGACCUUGGAGGUGGAUCCAUUUGCUUUGAGCUUCAAGGAGCAGACGGUACGGGGGCGAUUGAUCUGUACCCCCGAGCAGUGUCAGGACAUGAUUAACUUGCAUGCCAAGAACGGAUGCAAGACCCAUAUCGAACGGACUUAUGGUGUGGAGCAGAUAAACGACAUGUAUGAUCAUUACCAGCGCAAGGAUCUGAGGGGGCGGCUCUGCAUGGUGUUCUAG